AUGACCCUGAUUAUCUGUGAAGAGGGGGGAGAGGAGAAGGAGAAGAUAAGAAGAGGGGGAGGAGGAAAAAAGGGAGGAGAUUGGACGAGGAAGGAGAGGGAAAGGAGGAAAGGAAAAGGGGCAAGCAGGGGGGGAAAGGAGGGGAAGCAGGGGGUGAAAGGAGGGGAAGCAAGGGGGAAAAGGAGGGGAAGCAAGGGGGGAAAGGAGGGGGAGCAGGGAGGAAAGGAAGGGAAGAGGGGGGGGAAGGAGGGGAAGCAAGGGGAGAAAGGAAGGGAAGCAGGGGGGGGAAAGGAGGAGAAGCAGGGGGGAAGGAGGGAGAGCAGGAGGGAAAAGGAGGGGAAGCAGGGGGGAAAAGGAGGGGGAAAAAGGGGGGAAAGGAGGGGAAACAGGGGGGGAAUGGAGGGGAAGCAAGGGGGGAAAGGAGGGGAAGCAAGGGGAGAAAGGAGGGGAAUUAGCGGGGGAAAGGAGGGGAUGCAAGGGAGUAAGGUGGGGAAGCAGGGGGGGAAAGGAGGGGAAGCAGGGGGGAAAGGACGGGAAUCACGAAAAUCCGCGCCUCAUCCCCUUCCUUGCACCCAGGAGCACACGCUGCUCGUCGCUCGGUUUGCGUGCUGCGCGUCGCUCGGAGCGCGCGCUGCACAUCGCAGGGUGUGCGCGCUGGUCCCCGCCCGUAACGCGUUUCGAGGGGACCCUACAGCGUGGGCUCUCUUCUAUCUGCAGGGUUCUAGAAUGUCGUCACGCCUGUACUACAGCUAG